GGAUCGCAGGCCACCAGCCUAGAGUUAGGCUGAAUCCAAACCAAAAUUUACAGACAGUCCAACCCCAAUCUCUCUCAACCUUUCGUUUCUUCAAAUUCUACCACCUUCUUAUUUGCUCUUUAUAAUUAAAAAUUUGUAAGCGAAUACUUUCCUAGCACUCUCUUUAUGCAUCAACCGAAUUCCCCACACUCUCUCUCCAAAUAAAAAAUCAAGAAUCUAAGAAAUUCGAUUCACCAUAUUCAUGGCCCGUUCCCUUUCUCAAUCCGUUCUCAAGCUCCGCCUAAUCACCAAACCUCACCCUUCUUCCUCUCGUCUCCUUGCCGUCCGAACCCAAUCCAACCAACCCAACCCUUCCGACUCCUCCGAUGCUUCAUCCGAUUCUUCCUCUGAUCCGCUCCUGCGGAAACUUGAAGACGCCAUCCACCGGAUCAUCGUUCGCCGUUCCGCUCCCGAUUGGCUCCCUUUCAUUCCCGGAUCCUCUUACUGGGUCCCGCCGUCCACGGCCCAAUCUUACGGCCUUGCCCAGCUUGUUGAGAAAUUGGCGAACCCGUUGACCUCGGAGGAAUCCAUGUCCACCACUUCCGCCCGAGGCUGGCCCUCCUCUGACUAUUUCAUCAAAGGUGGAUCCCCGCAUCCAGUGGAGGUAGACUUAAUAUCAAAUACUUCGUCUAAAUCCGAGGAUGAAGAAGGAUGAAGCCAUGGCAGCUGGGAAUUCCAAAAUUGCUGGUGGUGGAUUAAGAAGUAGAUUUGUUGGCAGGAUAUUUUAAAUCAGAUUGGAGGAGCUGUUGAGAUGCAAUGUAUCAUGUAAGCUGUGGAGCCUAAAUAAAUUGUUUUUAUACUCACAGCGGAAAUCUUAUGUAUUUUAAAGAGGUAGUAGUUCAUCUGAGUUAUGUGCAUUGAUUGUUGCUCUGAUUUUCAUCUUUCUUAAGAGUAUACUUUUUGGGACAUGGUGGGGAUAUGACCAUUGAUCCUUCAAAUACUUGGGAAAACUUCUUAUCCGACAUGCUCAAGUCCAAGUAACAUAGUGUAGCAUCUCAUGUCAAGGUACUAAGUUUCAAAUCUUUCACAGCUUAAGUCUUUAUGUAUUUUAAGGAGUGGACUAGUUCUUUUGAGUUAGAUUACCACGUGCAGCUCCCCAUUCGAUGUCUAUAGUCCUGUAACUGCGAUUCAUAUGGUGUUGAGUACCCUUUGUAAAUUCUCGAAUCUUGUGAUUUUGGAUUGUAAUAUUCUUCUUAGUUUCACUUUA